AUGGUGUGCGCAUCGAAGAUGCCAUCUCCUUCACGUUGCUUGUCCACGCUUUUGCUGGCACUGCUGGGGCCCGCAGUGGCCUCGCCUCAGGAUAAGCCCCCAGCAGCGGCCCAAUCUGUGGAGAAGCAGAAGCCUCGAUCAAUCUCUCACGGCUUGACGGCGGUCGGAUUGCCGAUGCCUUGGGGCGCAGCUGCGCCGACGUCGAGCGUAGUGCAGGGGCAGCUGGCCCCGGCAAUACACGCUACCGGCCAAGCCACCAGCAGCCUGUGGGCCUGCAUCGUGGCAGGCGCUGGAGCCGUGGGGCAUAACAUCCGCCAGCAGAAUCGCGAGCCGCGUCGACCACGACACGGUCGUCGGGGCCCUUCCAGGCAAACGACGGCAGCUAGUGCCACGAGCACCACCGUCGUCGAAGUCGAGCAGCAGGUCGAGUCUGAAGCAGAAGUCGCCGGCUGGCAGACCGCCAGCGAAGAUGAGGACGAUCGGUCCCAGCAAAUAGGACAACAGCACCGAAUGCAGUUUCUCCAGCAGGUGAUGCGACACGAAAUGCAGCAGCAACAGGGUCAGCCAUUUGCGGACCAGCAGGGAAUGGCCUUCUUCAACCAGCAGCAGCAGCAACAGCAGCCCUUUCGGCAGCAGAACUUCCAACAGCCGCAGCUGCAGCCAUUUUAUGAUGGGCGACCGUUCAACCAGCAGCAGGUCGUUUACUGGCCAAAUCAGAUGCCGCAACAUGCGGUGAAUCCGCAGUUCAACCAGCAGAUGCAGAUGCAGAUGCAGCAAGCGAUGUCACAACAGCCGCAGCUGCAAGCUUUUGCCCCCAUGCCUCAGAUGCAACAAAUGGUGCUGGUUGCAGUGCCAGUUGUGCCUGAAAACUCGCCGGUGUCGCAAGGUGACGAAGCCCCUGCACACCAACCAGAUAUGGAGCACUUGCGCAAUUUCAGCAUGGGCCACCGUGCACCCUCCGUGUCCUCCACGCCCUCCGAGAUUUCCAUGGAGAUGGGAUCCUCAGUGUCCACGCAGACUCCUAGCAAUCGAGAGCGAGCCACGUCCAGGUGGAACGGCAAAGAAUCUGAGGCCGUCGUCCGUCAGCUGCGCGCGCCCGGAUUAGAUGCGGCCUCGCGCAAGAGGCUUCUGGAGCGAAUUGUGCAAGAUGCGUGGAGUAUGGCCAUCACGAAGCAUGGCACCCGAGUGGUGCAGGCGGCCUUUGAGGUAGCGGCAGAGAUUUCUGAGAAGCAGAAUCUGCUGGACGUCUUGAGGGGCAAGGUGUGGCAAGCCCUGAAAUCGCCGCAUGCGAACCAUGUGCUUCAGAAGGCAAUCGCGCACAUGCCCCCGCAGAAGCUGGACUUCAUCAUCUCCGAGUUGAGGGGUCGCGUGGGCGAUGCCGCCCGUCAUCCUUUUGGCUGCCGUGUGCUGGAGCGGCUGUUGGAGCAUGGCCUGCCAGAGCAGUUGGAACCGAUCUCCAGGGAGGUUCUGUCCGACAUCUUGGAGCUCUGCCGGCACCCGUAUGGUAAUUACGUGGUUCAGCACAGCUUGGCUCACGGUAGCCCCGAACAGAGGACCCGGCUUUGUGAGGCGAUGCGACCAGAAAUGGGUCGUUUGGCGAGGCACAAGGUGGCCAGCCAUGUGGUGGAGUGCGCGCUCCUGCACAGCUCUCCAGAAGAGAGGGAACAGCUCAAGAACUCCAUGGCCGGCAACGCAGAGGAGCUUGCAAGUCUCACUGCAAGCAACUACGGCAGUUUUGUGGUGAAAGAGAUGAAGAAGCGCUGA